AUGGAUGCGGGCCAAAGUCAGCUCCAUGUGAAGCUGCAGGCCCCCGGCCCAGGAGAGCGGUUCGCAGUCCUCGGAUCUCACGAGGCGUUUGGAUGCUGGAACCUAACCUCUGGGGUGCAGCUGGAAUGGAGAGGUAGCGCCUGGGAGACCCCGACUCCCAUUCCGAUCUCCCCCUGCGAGCGCGUGGAAUUUAAAUUCGUGCGCAUCAGGCCUGGUGGAUUGGAUUGGGAGAGUGGCCCCAAUCGGGUCACCGAGUUCCCAAAUUACAAGGGUGAUUUGUGUCUUCAGGGGAUUUUCAAUGGCGAAAGCAUCCUUCAACCGAGCGACGCGGAGAUUGAUGCUGAGGGUAUCUCAACGCCAGAUACCAUGCAAUCAGCACGGGCGGAAGAUGAUGCAGACUUGUGGCAGCUGCGGUAUCACGAGGCUGUGAAGCAGCUCACCGCACAGAUCCCAGCUACACUCAGGGCCGUGCGCUAG